AUGUCAGCAGAGUUCAGACCCAACAACCGAUGGAGUCUGACCAUGGAUGAGGAGGUUGACCCUGAUCACGGAAAUGUAAACUCUGUCUUGGCUCAAGAAUCUUCAGAACUGUACGACAUCCUCCUGAGUCAGUCCCCCUCAGUCAUAAUGUUACUUUACAAAAUGAUUCCCAGUGAAACUGGCUGUGAAGGCCAGAAAGCCUCCACCAGUUCUACACCAGCAUCAGCCGAAGGCCGGAUCAAAGCCAUGUUGGAGUACUACAAAACGGCCAGAGCUGCAGACUGUUGCAGCUUCCUUCAAAGUGUUUGUCUUAUGUGUGAAAACCUCCCCAUGCAUCUGGAGUCCAGGCUCUUGUCAGUGGCUGGAUAUGCUUGCAAUCACUGGGAGCAAUACACGAGGGAGGCGAUGAGUUUAUUGCUGAAAAGGUGGAGAAGACUGACAGAGCAGCUGGUGAAGGAGGUUCUGCCGGAGAAAGUGUGGGUCAACAUGAGAGCUGCGAGCAGAGGGAGGGACAGACCAGAUCAGACCCCGAGCUCUGCUGACAGAGGGAGCAGAACCCCAGAGCCUGAUGGUGAUUACGGCUAUUUGGAGUCCAGACUGACUUUGGAGGCCUUCCUCCAGGGAUGUGCAGGGAAAGUGACAGUUCUGGUCGGAGAGGCGGGAUCAGGAAAAACACUGCUAACGUCUUGUUUAGGACAACAGUGGGCAAAUGGGCUAGGUCCUAUCCCUUCUUCAUGCCUGUUUGUCCUGCUGGAGUUUCGUCAGCUCAGCUUGCUGUCUGGUCCACUCUCCCUGGCUGAGUUGCUGUUUAAGCUCUACCUCCCUCCAAACGGGGGCAAAUAUGCAAAGCAAGCUAUCGUGGACUACCUGCUAUCCAAUCCAGAGCAGAGCUGUUGGGUGCUGGACGGCUAUGACGAGUUUCACAGGAAGCUCUCCAGACAAGAAAUGCAGAGUGAACAGCUGGACUUCGAAAAACCUCUGCCAGUGGCAGACCUCAUCUCAGGGUUGCUGAGUCGUCAGCUUCUUCCAGGAAGUACCAUACUGGUCACGUGCCGCGGGCGGGACGUUAUAGAUUUGGACAGCUUCUCAGACAAAGUGGGCUACCUGCUGAGCUGGGGCGCCUCUGAGAUCAAGGAGUAUGUCCACAGCUUCUUUGGAGAAAAAGACGCUCAGCUAGGAGGGCAGGCAGCAGAUCUCCUUCUCUCCCAUCGAUACCUCCUGGGCAUGUCCUCCACCCCUGCCCUCUGCAACAUCUGCUGCAUCUGCCUGCAGGAUUUACUGUGGGAAAAGAGAAGGGCUGGACGCAUGCAGGUCCCAGCGGAAACGGGAGUCAAGGGGGGUAAAAAAAGCAAAGGACGAGGGGAGAGUCAUCCACCGACAGGAGAGGAAAUUAGAGAAGCAGAGGGAAGCGGAGGCACGCAGAGUGAUGGUACAAAUGGCACGGCAAAGUUCUCUUCCCCUUCAGCCCAAGUCCCCUCCACCCACACACAGGUCUACCUCUCGGUUGUGGCUGCAUUCCUCAACCGUUACCCUGAUCAGGACGAAAGAGAUGAGAGGCCAAAAGCCUCAGCAUUUCUUCAGAGAGCUGUGACCACUCUGAGUCGGUAUCGCUCCGAGCUGUUUGAGCUCAGUCAGCUGGCACUGAGUGGCCUUGAAGACCACAAAAUCCUCUUUGUUGAAGAUGACGUUCCAAAACAUGUUUUCCAGUUGUUAGUCCAGACUGGGCUGUUUUCACAGGUGGAGCUCAGACGUCAUGAUGGGCUGCUUGUCGAUGCCUACUGCUUCAUUCAUCUGACCCUGCAGGAGUUUCUGGCAGCGAUAAGAAUCAUGACUAGUAAUGACGUUAGUGAUGCACAGCUCAAGAAGAGAUUUAGUCUGAAAACUCGCUGGACCACCAAAUCAGACCAGAAGACGGUGUUCACUGAUUCCCUGUACCUGUAUGUGUGUGGCCUGGCCUCCCCACAGUGCACUCAAGCUCUGGUUGAAAUAGCAAAGGCCUCGGGUUUAAAAGCAGUCCAGAGCUGGGUCCAGAGACGACAAGAUCUCGUUCAGAAAUUGCUGAAAGCCCUUUGUCAGAGCACCACUCUGACUGGACCAAAGGUCCUGCAGCUUUGCCACUGUGUCCAGGAAAGCCAGAACCAGCACCUGGCCAAGCAGGUUGUGAGUGUUCGACGCACGCUGGAACUGCGCAACUUCUGGCUGUCUCCCAGUGACAUUGAUGCUUUGGCAUUUGUAGUUAACUCAGUAGGGGACAACGGCGUCGGUUUUGACUUUGGAGCUUGCUCAAUGGAGCUGGAGUGUUUAGACACACUGUCCAAGUGUCAGUACAUUCACCACCUCAGUUUUCACAGCCGCAAGUAUGGCGACAAAUUUGCAGAGAAGCUGUCGUCUAUUCUGCCUGAAUUCAAAAUCCUGAGGAAGCUUGAGUUUUGUGGUGCCAGUCUGACGGCCUCAGGGGCGGCGACUCUGGUGUCCGGUUUGCAGAACUCUCCCCACGUCACUGAAAUCAAUCUCAGUAACAACAAUUUGCAAGAUGAAGGAAUCAUGCACAUUGCUGAGUUUUUCCCCAAACUUCAAAGCCUGGUCUCUGUAAGGCUGGGACGAAACAACACUUCCCUGAAAGCCAUGAACUGCCUUGUGGAGACGAUGUCUUCCUGUCUGAACAUCCAACACAUUCAUGCAGACUUGUUGAAUCAGAAGUGGACUAAGCGUGAGAUGAAAAGCCUCGCCCAGUCCGUGGCUAACUGUCCCGCCCUGUCUGAGCUGGAUCUGUCUGGAGGCCAGUGGGACGAGGAUACUUUGAGGGUUCUGACUCAGUUUGUGCCAAAGUUCAGUGUCUCUGGAAAGAUUGUUUUGAAUGACAGCUGCUCAUCGGUGGACUGUCUGGUGGUUCUGACUGCUCUGCUGGCCGACUGUCCCUCUGUCGUGGAGCUCAUAGUCAGGUGUGAAGACGCCACAAAUGCUGACCUACUACAGAAACCUGUCCAGGUCUCUGUGGUGUUCCCCAGAGGGAUCGGACAGCCUGCAGGAGAAAUGUCCAAAAAGCUCUGUCUAAACUGCUGCAAUCUGCUGCCCGCCGACUUCGACCGGCUUUGGAGAAGUUUGGGAACCUCCUCGGAUCUCACUGUCCUGGAUGUCAGCCACAAUGACAUCAGCAUGGCUGGAGUGGUGAUGCUGGCCGGUGCUUUCUGCUCCGACGGCCGCUUGACACAGAUUCACAUCAGCUUGCUGAGCAGCAGCCUCCAGCCGGCGGACAUAAGCAGAGUGUGCAGAAAGAUGGCCCAGUGUGGCUCCCUUUGGGAGUUCCAUGUUGGCGGCAGCAUCACGUCCACCAGCGAUGCGCUGGUUCUGAUUGGCUGUUUGGUUGAAAAUGAGAGAGUCACAUCAGUGGAGCUCAGGUUGACAGAUUUCUGCUUUGAAAACACUGCUUUCAUUAAGAGACUCCUGAACAUCCUGCAGCUGGGACAACAUCUGUCAUAUCUUGAGUAUGAGAGCACGCAGAGAAAAAACACACUUAUUCAUAAUGCCUGGUGCUUCAUGAGCCUUCCUUUUGGAUGCAGUUUGUCAGGUAACCAGCUGGAAGAUGAAGGAGUGAAGGUUUUCGUGGAUUUACUACCAAGGCUGAAAAUCAGCCUCUAUGUGAGUCUCAGCAACAACAAAAUGACCCAAGAUGGCGUGUUGGACGUGGCCAGCACGCUGAGUACCUGCACCCGGGUUUCCCAGGUGGAGGUCAGUUUGGGGGAGGACAAAAAGUGUCUCAUCUGGUUCAGACAUAAUGAGGAUGGUGAAAAAAGUCUCAGCAUCAGAGAAAGCAGUCUGGAGCCCGAACACCUGGACAGAUUAGCCGAGCUGGUGUCCAGCUGUCCCAGUCUGACCAAACUGGAGUUGAGGAACAAUCUGCUGCAGUGCGAGUGGAUGGAGGACUUUGUCCGGGGUCUGAGCAGCUGCCAGAGGGGCUGCGCUCUGAGGAUUCACCACAGAGUGCUUCACCUGUCGCUGCGGGCGGCCACAGAGCUGAGCUCGGUCAGCCUGGUGGACUGUGACGUCGUGGGGCAGCAGCUCGCUUCCAUCCGGCCAAUCAUCCAGAGCUCUCCUUCUCUGAGAAGUCUGGAUUUGUCCCACAGCAGACUGGAUAUAGAGGGAGCUGAGUUUCUGUGCUCCCUCCUGCCCUCCUUGCCAAACCUCACCUCUCUCAGCCUGUCGGGUCAUGUGAUCAGUGACACGGCAGCUCAGAGGAUGUCCACCUUCCUGCCCCGCCUGCGAGCGCUCGAUCUGUCCCACUGUGUCUGGUCGGCCACUGGGGGGCUGCAGCUCACGGCUGCUCUCAGCCAGUGUGCCGCUCUGGAGGAUCUUUGUCUGGACUCUGUGCAGCUGAAUGAGGAAAGCAGAACGCAUUUGGCUCAAGCUUUGAGGAACUCCAACUCCAUACGCAAUCUCAGGCUGAAUGAGCUGGCCAAAGCCAGCGGAGGGGCGUCUGAAGCCGACUCUGGGCUGGAUCUGCUGACCGGGCUGCAAGGACUCUCUCACAUUCAGGAGUUGGAGAUGGGCUCCUGGAGGAUGGCGGACAGAGGGAUGGAGCAGCUGGCUGGACUCCUCCCUGCAUGGUCAGAGCUCAGGAGGAUCAGGCUGUCAAAGAACCUCAUCAGUGACCCGUCGGGGGAGAAGCUGCUGGACGCUCUGAGGAGCUGCCUCCACCUGCAGGAGCUCCAUAACCUCCUCGGUGACCUCACUGCUGCCCGGAUGGCCCUUGUUCUGCCUUCACUAGCACACCUCACUGUCUUAGAUAUUUCAGAAAACCGCAUAGGAAGGGAGGGGGCAGUGAGUCUGUCCAAAGCCAUCAGCAGCUUGAAGAACCUCAGCAGGAUUCAGCUGACGUCUGUCGGGACUCCAGAGCUGAGCGCCGUGGCGGCCAGUCUGGCUCACUGCCCCCUCGUGCAGGAAGUGGGCCUGGGAUGGAACAACUGUGGAGAUGAUGUGGCGCUGGAGCUGGCCAGAGUUCUGCCCUCCUGCCUCCAGAUGACCCGCAUAGAGCUGUGGAAGAACAAGGUGUCAGCAGGCGAUUCCCAGAAGCUGGUCCAGAAGGAGCGGAGGCUGAGUUUCCUGUCCACCUGACCUGCUCCGUUUUGGGGGGCCGGGGGGGGGGGAGCCUGCACCCGUCAGCGACUGCUGAGGUGACGCAUGACGCACCCCAGAGGAGGUUUUAUUCCUGGGUUUGAAUGUAGGACAUCCGAUCCAAGCACAAGUUCACGGUUGAGCUUUUUUUAUGGAACCAGCAGCGCCUCACUGGACUCCGGAGCCAGUUUUACUCACAGAUGGAAUCUGUGAGCCGAGCCGGGCGGUGUGGAGACCAAUAGAGGAGCCCCUCCUCAUUUGGUACCAAUCUGCUCAAAAGAAGAUGUGAAAUCCGACGGGUGACAUGGUCACACGGUGUGGGCCUCUCUCAUAGCGGCCUCAUUAACUCCUCCAUCUGUCAUUAAAUAAGAAAAGCGUGUUCUUCCAAACAGAGCUCAGCAGCCCAGCGAUCGUUUCACGGCAAAACGCUGACAGGCUCUGAGCGACUGGGUCAUUUUGCACGCCGUGUGUUUACAAAGGAGGCCACAGAGCUGAAAACACAAGAAACCAUCAACUCGCAGUUACACAGAAAUCAUUUAGGUUGUGGUCUCCAUCAAAAGUGCUUAUUUAUUUCUGCUGUUUAGCUGGAAAAGAAGUCCAUUUUGAAUUAUUUAUCUGCCAUUCGGAAUUACUUGAAAUGUGUUUUUUCUGUUUAUCGUUACCGAUUGUUUGUGAUGUUUCUUUGAUUUAUUACUUUGCUGUCAGGGUGUUUCUUUUACCUUUUAUUGCACCUUAUCAGAUUUCCUUUUUACAUCAGAGUACUUUCCAUUUGUUUUCUCCUAUUUUGGAUCUUUGAGUUGAACAUUCAGGUAAUCUGAACUGCACUGAAAUGCCAAUAAAAAAGAGAGUUAUUAAUUUUUUCUGAAUUUAGUUUCUUUCUCUUUAAUGUUGAGAUUAACUUUGUGGUCCUCUGAUUCAUGAA